UUUUCAUUGUAUAGUCUUCCUAACUUUUAAAAAAAGCAAGUGAUUUUUGAUACAGUUAUGCCACCAGAUGGGAGAAAACGCCAGAAACCGGACCAGAACACGAUGAAGGAAAUAAUUCAUAGUGGUCAUUUUAUGGUAUCUGAUAUUGACGAUUCGGAAAUUCAAGAGGGAGAAGAUAGCCCGUCUUUGGUUGUGCACGAGUCUGAUUGUGAUCAAGAGAGUCUACCCUUGCCAGCUAGAGGAUUCGAUUUCGAAUCUGCUUGCAAGGAAACUUCAAAGACGUAUACCUUCGGAUCUCGAAGUACCCAUUCAAUAUCCAUCGAUGCAUCCCUCACUAAACUCUUCGAAUGCAUGACGUUAGCCUACAGUGGAAAAUUGACGUCUCCAAGAUGGAAACAGUUCAAAGGUCUCAAGUUGCGUUUGAAGGAAAAGAUUCGAUUGAACAAUAUGAUUUGGAGGGCAUGGCACAUGCAGUUUGUCAUGAAGAUAAAGACAGACAAGUUGUGUCAGUUUGCCACUCCCCUGGAUGGGGACACACAUAUGAAACCAGAGGCUGUAGUGAUCGAGGGAACCUACUGGAAAAGAAGGAUGGCCAACAUCACUGCAGAAUACCAGAAGUGGCGGCUCUUUUACCGGGACAGAUUCAGAAUGAAACCUAGUCAAGAUGACAAUGUGGCAAUGGAUUUGGAUACCAGAUGGCCUUCAUGGCCAAAGGAGCCAUAUUCUAACUUGCAGAGUGCCAUGGAUGAGGACUUUCUAAUGGACUUCAGCGACACCCUCUUCAGUAGUCUGAAUGCCAGUCAGCCCUUUGAUUUCCCAAACCCUAGAGAGAUUGCUGCCAAAGCGGGCAUUGCUGACUUUAUACAGCCUGGCUUGGUCCAACUGCAGCCCUCUGUUGACGAUUUCAUGGACACUUUAGAACCCCUCUCAGACCUUUUUUCAGAUUUUCUGAACUCGAAGCUGCCAACGCUUCCAGAAGAGAGCACCUACAACAGCAAUAGUAUGCCAGAAAUAUUGUCAUCUUAUCAGCCAGACAUGUUAGGGCUUUUAAAACAGUCAUCUCAUCAAAACAACUUAAUGAAUGUCUUCAACCAAUCCCCAGCACAAACUGUUGGCUCCAAGAGGAAUAAUAGCCAUCGAAAGAAUACCACUCCAAGAUUGUUGCAGUCUCAGCGAGUGUCACCCACGAUAUUCCCUGGUAAAUCCGUUCUGGAAGCCAUGAGUUCUAAUUCUACGAGCAGCUCUAUUUUACCUGACAAUGUGCCUUUACUGCCUUCUGCAUCUUCAUCUGCAAACAUGUUGCAGCCGUUUAUGUGCAACCAGCCCUCGGAGGAAUCCAAUUUGACCCUGCUUACGGGUCUCCAGCAAACCCAUGAGAGCUUACCUUCCAACUUGCAGGUGUCUGCUACCCCCCUCACGCUGAAAACAGAACAGACUUCCCCAUUCCUCCAACAAACUUCAUACCUGCCCAAUGUGGUGGAUGUGCCAGCAUCUUCUAUUCAAGUGCCUUUAGAACCUAUUCCUCAGGGACAAUUAGUGGAAAGUGAUGCAAAGAAUGCAAAACACCCUCUGUUCUUCUCAGUCAGUCUUGGACAGAUGAAUCAAACUUUCGGUCAGGCACCGGCAGGUAACUUCAAACUGCCACUCCAGUUAGCUAGUGGCAAUGUGCCACAAAUGGCCGAACAGUCUGUUCUCAGCCGGGAGGAAUCGCCGGCUUUCCGAAGGCACUCAUACACAACGGGUCAGCAUGUGCAGGCAUCCUCUCUUAGUUCUGGUGACUACAUGAGCACGAGAAGGAGUCGCCCCAUUGCUCCGGCGGGCACCAACGGAAACUUUAUCAUUCCAGAGGUCCCGCAGAGUCGACAACGCACACGUUCCCGCAGUGUUUCUUCCCCACAGUCCGGCAGCCCCAAGCCCCACCCACAGCAGUCAGUGCAGGCUGUGUCUCUGACAGACAUCAGUUCGGGGUCUCACCCACACAAGCGGGAGGCUUCUUCUGCAGUUUUGUCACAGAAUGCAGUCCUUGCUCAACUUCUCUCCUCUGGUUGCACGCAAGAGUUGGGUCCAGCAGUCAUAAAAGUUAGCACUGCACCUACAGGAAAUGUAACUUCUCCUGUCACCAUCAUCAGGCCGAUCCUAAGUACCACUGCUCACACAUUUGUCUUCUCUCCUCUACCUGCGGCGACAACUGCAGCAGGGUUGAGCAAUUUUCAGCGUACUCUUUUCUCAAACAGUGCAGAUCCGAGAUUUUCAAGCCGGAGCUCCCCUCCAACUCGUGUCAUUUCUGCUCCAGAUAGCCCAGGUUCAUCCACCUGCAGCUCCUCUCCAGCUAUCCCUGCCAUUUCUUUUGAAGCCAGUCCUCCUUCAAAAACCUCACGGCCAAAGUCUGAUGAGGAAAAAAUCCAGUACAAAGAACAUAGAAGAGUGUGCCACAUCAAUGCAGAGCAGAAGCGUAGAUGUAACAUCAAGAAUGGAUUUGAAUCCUUGCACAACUUGCUACCACCAGUAGGACAGACCCCUUCUGCAAAGAUAAGUAAAGCAGCCAUGCUGCAAAGGGGUGCUGAGUACAUCCGCACUCUGAAAGCAGAGAGGCAGCAGCAACUAGAAGAAGUGGAGAGGCUGAAGAAGCAGAUAGAUGAACUCAAUCAAGCCAUUAGUGUGUACCAAAGUCAACUACCUCCUUCUGGAGCUCCUGUUCCUUGCCAGAGGACAAACAAGAUGAAAGAGAUGUUCGAAGAAUAUGUCCGUCAGCAAACCCUGCAGAACUGGAAAUUCUGGAUUUUCAGCCUGAUCAUGGAGCCUCUGGUGGAUUCCUUCAACAGCAGUGUGUCCACGACAAGCAUCGAUGAGAUGUGCAAGUCCAUUUUGGCCUGGCUCGACCAGCACUGCUCUCUUGUCUCACUCAGGCCAGCUGUGCUGAACUCCCUACGGCACCUGAGCACGACAACAAAUAUUUUAUCGGAUCCCUCGCGAAUGCCAGAGGAAGCGACCAGAGCUGUCACCAAGAAAGAGAAGAGGCAGCACUAGCUGCUUCUUCAUAGAAGGGCCCAUUAAAUGAGGCAUACCUUCAAUAGUGUUGAUGGAGACAAGAUGUUAGUGUUGAUAAGAUCAUUCAAAAAGAUUUGCAGGUUUAAAAACUCAUGGAAUGUUAGUACUGUUUUGAUUCUGAAAACAUGUCUCAGGCACUUUUUUUAACUUUAGUUUUUAAAUAGUUUUCUAAAUAUUCUGUUGUCUUAGAACCCCUUGAAAGUCUGCCCAUUGAAUAUGUUGUUUAUAAUAAUAUGAAAAUUAAAAUUAAAAAAACGUUUUGUACACUUUUAAUUUUGAUUUCAAGGAAAAUUAUAAUUUAUGAUGAUAUAAAAAUUUAAAUAAAAAAAGAGCUGUGCCGAAAGCUCUCUAAAAAAAGGAAAAGAACAUUCAAGAGUAAAAUGUUCAUAACCCACAGGAACUAAAUUUGUAGGCGUAAUUUUUUUUGGUGAUUUUUUUUCAGAUCUUCUCCUUGUAAGGGUGUAAGAUUCCCACUUGUGGAUGAUUUGAAAAACUUCUAUAAACAGGGCCCAAUACAGGCUGAUUUUGCUACCGUUUUUCGGUACCUUCACAAAAAUCUUGUUUUGAAAUAGGUACUUUCACAAAAAUCAAGUAAUAAAAUCAGGUAGCUUCACAAAAACAUCGAAAAUUUCAAAGAUUCGCAUUUUAAAAUAUAAAAUUUGUUUCUCUGUUUAAAACAAAAUUCACUUAUAAAAUAAAAUACUAAGCAGGUUUAUAUGAACCAUCGCUUAAAUAGCAACCUUUUUGUGGUAUUUUAACUAAUUUUUAGCUGUUUCUCGCCAAAGUGUAUUUAUGCAAUAUUAUCGCAAUCUUUUAACAUGUUUUUGAGGAACUGUGUUUUUCUCAUAAUUUCCAAUAUUGUACACAGUACAUAGCCCAUUAAGCUGAAAUUAAGAUGGUAUUUUUGGUACUUCUUAAGUUUUUAGCUCCCCCCCCCCCCUCCCCAAAAAACGAAACCUGUUAAAAAUAAUACUAGAUGACAUUUACACUUUUCAAACUAAAAUUUCACUUGUUCUACUUCUCUUUUACAAAAAUUAGGAUGCCUCUAUAAAAGUUCACAAAAACAA